AUGGCUAGUAUGGGGCCAGGUUUUAUGCCGCACCCUGGCGGAAUGCAGCAACACCCAGGCGGCCCCCCGGGGCAUCCUAUGGCUCCCGGUAUGGCGCAUAACCCAAGCCAGCCUGGCACGAGUGCGGGCGGAAUACCGCACCAGCUUGUUGGGCACAUGGGGGUCUCCAAUUCCGGCCCUCAGAUGAGCGCUGCCGCCCUCAUGGGAGGCAUGCCACCAGGGAACCCAAACGCCCACGCCAUGCAACACUUGAGUCAGGCACAAGUCCAGCAGAUGUACUACCCUCAAAUGGGCAAAUGUCACGCCGCGAACAACCAGCAGCUUCAACAACAACAGAGGCUCCAGCAGUUGCAACACCAGCAGCAAACAAGAGCGGCGUUGAUGGCUCAGCACGCCAUGUUUAAUGGGGGUCAAAUGGGUGUACCCAUGAAUCAGAUGACCCAAGCACAGGCUGCCCACAUGGCGGCGAUGGGCAGGAGGAUGCCGGUAGCUUCCCCCUUCCACUUCCAACAGGCGCAAUUAGCUCAACAGCACCAACAGCAGGGCCAACCCAUGAACCCCAACAUGCUCGCCGCCCAGCAGAUCGCAAUGCAGCAACAGCAGAUACAGAUGGGACAACAAGGAGGGAACCCGAACCAGCAUCCUAUGGCUUCGCAACACCUCAACAUACACCAGGCCCAGAUGGCCGCGAUUCAACACGCCCAGCACUCGCAGGCUCAGCAGUCCCAGCAGGCCCAACAGGCUCAACACCAAGCGGCGCAACAAGCAGCACAGGCUCAACAGGCCCAACAAGCCCAGCAAGCCCAGCAGGCUCAGCAGGCUCAACAGGCCCAGCAGGCUCAGCAAGCUCAGCAGGCCCAGCAGGCACAACAUGCUCAACAAGCUCAGCAGGCCCAGCAGCAAGGGCCGGGACAGCAACAACAACCACAACAGCCCCAGCCCCAGCAACCGCAACAGCAGCCUACUCCUGGGCAACCACCGCAACAGCAAGGGCCGGGUUCGCAACCUGGGCAGUCCGGACCUGGACCGAAUACACCGGCGCCGCCGACUCCCGGUCCCCAAGGCCAUACACCACAACCUAACCCUCAACAGCAACCACCGCAAUCCCAACAGCAGCCGCAGCAGCAACAGCCGCCCCAACAACAACAGCAACAGCCGCCUCAGCCGCAGCAGCAGCAAACUCAGGUCGUGCCGCAGACUCCUCAAACUACGCAAUCACAGCACCAAGCUCAGUUGAUGGCUCAGAUGCAGGUGCAAGCACAAGCACAAGCGCAGCAACAACAUGCUAUACAAGCACAAAGGAGGGAUCCCCCCCUGGGCCUAAAGGGCAUGUGUUUGCUGAAGCUGAUGCAAUUCAGCGAGCACCUCAGCGGGUUUACGGGCGUCAAAGGUCGGGACGACUUGGAGUACUGGAACAACUUCGUCAAGCGUUUCUUCUCACACAAGGGCGCAUUUAAGCACUCGAUUCUCAUCAGAGAUGGCGAGGAUCAAGUUCAACAUAAGCAUUAUGAGAUUGCAUAUCCCGCGAUUGCGCGGUACUUCCACACCCAUUUUGAUAGCGGGGUCAAGUCGAUGCAGUUGGUCAUGGACAAGGGGACAACAGACCGGAUAAUGCCCAACGACUGCCACUUGAUAUGGAACGAUAAAGCGAGCCUGGUCUAUUGGUUUGAGGACGGCGCACACCUUGUCGCGACUGGCACUCUCCGUGUUCACUUUGACAGCGAUCACAAGUUCGAUAUCUUCGACUUUGAGACGACAGGCCACGAGGAGUACGUCUCGAGACGACUGGUGAUUCAAGCUGCCAGACCGUCGCACAACUGGGUCAAGGAGUGGCGCAAUCUCAACGCCCAAGAUCCCAAGCAAUCUCCCGAGAUGAGCAAAAAAAGCAAACCAAAACCAGCCAAGGCACCCCCUGGGCCUCCGCCCGACAUCGAGCUUCCUCACUCCGUGGUCAAGAGCGGUAUGGGGAUCACGGAGGCUGUGUAUCAGUUUCUUGAGAUGGUCGAGAUUAUGGGCCAGAUGGGCCCGCUGUUUGGUUACUAUCAUGCUCACCCUGGGUUGGCGCCAUAUGCCGCGCUUGAUCAGUACCUCAACCAGGUCAACGCCGGCGGUCAAGCCAUGAACGGCCAGCCCAUGCCACAAGGCGGGCCGAGAACUCCCGGGUUUGGCCAAUUCCAGGUUGGCGCGAGCCCCGCCAUGGCCAACCAGAUGUUGCCGGGCUCUCCUCAUAUGGUCGGCAGUCCGGUCCCAGUACCGAUGUCGGCACCAAUGAUGCAGCUCCAGGCGAGUCAACAGGGCACCAAUUCCAGUGGACCGAGCGCCAACACGUCGCCGGCACAGAACAGCAAUAAAAGGCGGAGACCAUCGACGGUGAAGGCUGAGGAGGAUGCGCCCGCAUCAGCUCCGACGCCCGUGCCUAUUGGAACUCCGCAGCUGAACGGAGUCCAGAUCAAGGGGAAGCCCCCAACUCCUCGCAUGCCGAAACGGCACAAGACCGGAAACAAUCCGGUAUAA